UUAUUGACAUGAGAACACCGGUAAUGACAGGUGUGCAUAAAAUUUGCGGAUGUAUUUAGAUGUCUUAUGUUUCAUGUCGAACGUUUUUCUGUUUAAUCGUUUAUUAAAGAAACUGGAUUUAAGUCUAGACACGAGUUACCGUUAGUUUGCUGUGUUAAUGUAUGAAAAGCAUUUUCAAGACUAUCAACACGUUAGAUAUUGUGCUACAAGACUUUCUGUAUAUUGGAUUUUGUCGAAUAAAAGUGUUACUAAGAUAAUACCAGUAACUAAAUUGUCGUCUGCGUUAGAAUCGGCGUCUGUGUUGAUUAAAAGUUAUGAAUAUUUCAUGUAGAAUUUGGAGUGGAUAACCCUAACUAGUUUGUUAUCUAAGGACUCGGGAGUCUAUUAUGGGACAUAAUCACGUCCUUAUCAUGAUAAAUUGGCAAGUUUUAAGCGACAGUAUGAGAAAUUAUUUGCCAAAAAUCGAUACAGUAGGAAAUAGCAAUAUUUCAGUGAUAAGCCGCUAGAAAGAAAAGGGGAGAAAAAGUAAAUACACACCUUUAUGUAAAUAAUUCAAAAUAUGAAACCAUAAAACACGCCAUAGCUUAAUGACAGCCACUAAUGACAGGAACUAGAUAACACAAGAUCAGAUAUUCAUUGUAAUGAUUUUCAGUCUAGUUUAAAAGAUAAUUUUGAAUGGUGUUUAGAAAUUCUAGUGACAAAAAACCUGAUUCUAGAUAUGGUAUUGACGGCCGGAAUAGAGUAAAUGAUUCUAAUAAUAUAAGAUUAGAAUAGUAAAAAAAAACUGGCUAGUGGUUGAGGAGGUUUCUAAGAAUAUUUAGGCUGGUUAUGACAGUACAGUGUUGCUGAGACAGAAUUUACAAAUUUUAGUCGUCCUUGGAUAUAAAGGAAGUAACUGAUAUGCCAUUGCAAGCCGAUGGGCUGAGCACAUCGUCAUGGAAAAUAGUGUCAUUACAAAUGGACGUUUUAUGGAUUACGAAGCACCCACGGUUUUCCAAGCAAAGCCCUGUUUCUGUACAGACCACACAAAACGUAACCACGUAAACCCGUCCUUGAACCAAGAGGCCCCAACUGAUGGUUUUACCCGGGAAAGAAGUGGUUCAAGGUCCAACAAAAGUCCGCAGACAGAUAUAUUCGCGGAGAUAAACAAUGUCAGUGCGUUUGUUCCUGGGCCGGGUGGAAGCCAAGGAACGGACAUGUCCGAGUUUAAUCCCCGGGUUCACAGCUGUGAGUCUUCCAGGGAUAAACAACAUACUGACUGGAAUGGGGUGAUUCAAGAUCUGUUCUAUAACAUGGAUAAUGUUGAUCUAGAUCCUGUUGUGACACUGGAAAAUGCCCAUGAUUCAUCUUCCGGUAUCGCUUCUGACGUCACAAGUUCACACAACCAAUCAGCGAAGAUGUCUACUUUCAAGGGAGACAACUCAUCAGUUUCAUCAACAGACCACCGAUUGUCGGACUCUUCGUUCGAUCGCCAGUUUUCAGACUCAUCUGUAUCCGUGGAUAGGCCAUACGUAAAGAAAAGACAGGGUGAUGGAAAAUUUCCUUGGGCAUAUACGCACGGAGCAAAGGUUGCCCAGCAAAAUAGGUCAAAUUUAGAGCGUUCAUACUUAUCGUCUGAUUCAAGUGUGCAUUCGGAUUAUCGAACUCCUGUGAUACACAAUAGUGCUCCCCCUUCAUAUGAAUAUCACAUACAAAUGAAACAAUUGAGAAAUCCGGCGUAUCAUAAACUCGAUUUACAAGAUACUGAUAAGUUAAUGCUCACAGCUGGGAAGGGGAAGUCAAAAGUUCGACCUUCACCCUUUGACCUGAUGACAGAUGACGUCAUCGUGAAGAUAUUUUCAAACUUGCCAACCGACCAACUUUGCCGUUGUUCAUGUGUUUGUCAAAGAUGGUACAGGCUAGCAUGGGACCCACUUUUAUGGAAGAGAAUAGUUAUUAAUAACGAAAAUGUUCAUAUAGAUAGGGCAUUGAAAUACUUGACAAAGAGACUCAGUUACAACACGCCUACCGUGUGUGUCAUAGUGGAGAAAAUAAACUUGAAUGGUUGUGAGAAAUUAACAGACAAAGGAUUGCAUGCCAUAGCCAAAACUUGUCCUGAAUUGAGACAUUUAGAAAUCCAGGGAUGUGGCAAUGUGACCAACACUGCCUUGUUUGAAGUCGUUUCCUAUUGUGUUAAUCUGGAAUACCUCGAUACAACAGGUUGUCCCUGUGUGACGUGUAUCAGACUAACAGACAAGUUGCUUGCUCAAGCCACCGCCCCACAUCUCCGCCAAAUCUACCUCAGGUAUCUCGAUAUGACAGACUGUACUGCACUCGAUGACCCAGGUCUUGCUUCCAUAGCAACCUAUUGUUGUCAGUUACAAUACCUUUUCUUACGCCGUUGUGUUCGUAUUGGAGACCAAGGAGUACAAGCUGUGUGUAAUAACUGCACAAACCUUCGUGAACUUAGUGUUAGUGAUUGUAAAAAAUUAACAGAUUAUGGCGCGAGUGAAAUCUCGAAGCUUUCCGAGAAUUUACGGUAUCUUAGUGUAGCUAAAUGUGACAAGGUUUCGGAUGUAGCAAUAAUUCAGAUAGCAAGAGGCUGUAAGAAACUAAGAUAUCUCAAUGUGCGAGGUUGUGAAGCAGUUUCAGACGAUUCGUUAGACACAGUAGCAAGAAACUUGACUCGGUUAAAGUCCUUGGAUAUUGGCAAAUGUGAUAUCACUGACGAAGGCUUAGUUGCCCUCGCUUACUGUAAGCAGCUGAAAAAGCUCAGUGUGAAAUCUUGUGACGCUGUGACUGACUUAGGUAUUAUAACAAUAGCGCAACAUUGUCAUAGACUGCAGCAACUUAAUAUACAAGAUUGCCAUGUAAGCCUGGAGGCUUAUCGCACGGUAAAGAAACAUUGCAAAAGAUGUCUCAUAGAACACACAAAUCCAGGUUUUUGUUGAAAAUUCCCAUAUAUGUGCGCAAUAAUUGCACAUGAACAUGUACUAGACAUAGUGUUCAUUCUAUCUUCUGUGCUGAACGUUGGUAGCACAUAUAUGUUUUAACAAAAGAAGAAAAUAUCUAUUGGUAUAUUGUGAGUGUUUUCACCAUUAUCUAGCGAGGAAAUACCAAAACUUCCUGUUUUGAUUCACCUAAUCGUAAUAGAAUUUUUCUUGAAUGUUGGCUCCAGGUAUCAGUUAUACACCAUUCUAUAUAUCUCUAUGGGGCGUGGUAGAUUUUCUUUUAAUUUUAAAGAUACCUUAAAUAAUGUAAGUUUCGUAACCUGAAAUGUAUUUUCCAAGUGUAAAAUAUGGUCGAUAUUUUUUCUAAAACAUAAGUUUGACAUUUUAGAAAAUAUUUACAGUGAAAUGGUAAUUUUGUACUGGCUUAGAUGUUAUUUUCAGCACAUAUGAACCCUUUCUACGAUACGGACAACUGCGUGUUUUAAUUGCAUUUUGUUUCCAGUCCUUUAUCAAAGAUCUGAAUAAAUGUGAUAUUAUCAUUUGGUUUAGUUAAAAAACUUACAGAAAAAUCCAAAAAGUAGAAUAUUGGAUUGUCCGCAUACCCAGUCUUUUGAUAUUUCUUUAUUGGACAUAUUUGAAUCUCAAGAAAAUUCUAAACUGAGUUUUAGGAGAGUAGUAUGCAAUAUUAUGGGCAACGUGUGUCAUGUUACAAUGGGCAGCGUGUGUCGUGUUAUACAGUAUUAUGUUGCUGCUAUGCUGGUCAGUUGUUACAGAGUGCUUCUUUUAUAUUGACCUAAUUUUGUUAUGUUCAUAUUAUGUGAUCUUUAUUUUCUAUAUGAAAUAUAUGUAUUAGAUAUGAUAAAAUAUGGACUUUCGAAUUCCAUUGAAAAAAUAAAGAAGAAAAGCAUA